CUUUACGCCCUAAUCUCUCACUAUAAAAAGGCGAUCAUUUUUCUUCUUUCCAAAUCAAAAUCAACAUAAAAAGUCUAUUUUCAAUGGCGUUCAAGCAAAACAUAGUUCAGCGGAUGUUCAACAUCUGCAAUAACAAAUUCUCCAAUCAGACGUUACGCAACUGCCGCAUUUCACCGUCCUCCGCCGCCGCUCAAGUUUUUAUGCCACCUAAUCCUGACAGAAUGGCACCAGAUCCGGGAGACGAUACGAUUUUUCGGAGGUUUCUCCAGCGACGGCCGCUGGACCUAUCGUCCUCCGCCAUGCCGGAGAUCCUUCGGUCGAGAGGAGAGAGCAUGUUGGAAAAACUAAAGGAGAUGGACAUUACGAGAGGCCGGAUCCGUCUCGAUGUGAUCUCUCCUCCGAUGGAGAGAUCUUCCGAGGGGGAGUUGACGGUGGCGCACGCUAAGAAGAUCCUUAGGGUUUCGCAAAUCGAAACGUUGAAAUCGAAGUUGAGAAGCUCUCGUAAAAAUCACGUCUCGUAUGACGAGUUCGUUGAGAUUUGUAUGGAAGGAUGUUCGAACAGAGAUCAAGGGUUAGAUUUGGCCAAAGCCCUUGACGAUUCUGGUUCCGUCAUCGUAUUAGGAAACGUUGUUUUCCUCAAGCCUGAACAGGGAAGACUGAGAAACCAGAUCUAAAAACGUGUAGUCUCACACGUUUGUUUGAGGUGGUGAAAGCAAUCAAUGAGUUGCUGCCGGCGACACAUAACCCACCGGUUGAAGAAUUGGAAGAGAUGGAGAGGUGGAAGUCAGCCAUUGAUGCUAAAGCUAAAAAAAUGGUGGAAAGAGAGCUAUGGGGUGGUCUAGCCUACCUAAUGAUUCAGACAGCUGGGUUCAUGAGGCUCACAUUUUGGGAGCUUUCAUGGGAUGUGAUGGAACCUAUUUGCUUUUAUGUCACAUCAAUGUAUUUCAUGGGUGGAUAUGCUUUUUUCUUGAGGACAGCAAAAGAGCCUUCUUUUGAAGGCUUCUUUCAGAGCAGGUUUAGUUCAAAGCAGAAGAAGUUGAUGAAACGUGAAGGGUUUGAUGUUGAAAAAUACAUGGAGUUGAGAAAAGCUUAUUAUCAAGAGCCAUGGCCAAGGGAAAAGUCAUUGGUUGGUGAAGCGACUAAAAAGUCAUUUACUUGAACAUAAAAUUUAUAUUGUAGAUGAAAUAGAAAUUCUAUUUAAUCCCCCCCCCCUGAAAAUCUCCCUAUAUUUCUUUUCAUCCCCUCGGCAUUCUGUCUUGAGUUUUGUUUCUGUUCUUUUUUUCUAUUUCUAAACAUUAAGUAAAGAAAUUAUGAAAGGGGAAAAACUGCAAAAUUGAGAGAGCUGCAGUUCUAUAUUUAAAGGGUUGAUGAGAAUAUUGUUGGAUACAGUUAACCAAAUUGCAAGACUAACAAACGAGAAUAUAACAUAUUCAAUGGGU